AUGGCUGCAGGUGGCAGCACAGGCCACCCCAAUCUGUAUGGCCCUGGUGACAGCAUGGCCAUCAGCCUCCUUCCUGUAGCUCAUCUGCUGACCGUCACCACUUCUCCUUUUCUCUUCCUGGUUGAGAAUAGGUUAGAGGAGUGUGGAAAGAGAGUGGCAAAGGCAAACCGGGCUCCAGAUUUCUGCACACUGUUGGACGGCAAGGACCAUGGGCGACUCCAAGGAAGAGAGGGAGAAACAUCUGUGCUCCCCGGGAGUGGUGUCUACAAAGAGGAGCCCUGUUUAGGAGAGGUGCAUACUGGGAAACAGGAAUCCUCAAUCCUGUGGGAGCGUCAGGACUGCCAUUGGUCCGCUACCAUACUGCAGCUCAUCUCCCUGGUGCUCUUGGCCGCUCUCCUCGUGGCUGUCCUUGUCAAAGGCUCUGACGUUUCUAGCUCCCAGGAGCAUGAGCAGCAGCAGGUAAAGCAAGACAUCCACCAGGAACUGGACCAACUGAAGGCUGGACUAGACCGCCUGUGCCGCCCCUGCCCCUGGGACUGGACUCUCUUCCAAGGAAACUGUUACUUCUUCUCCACAUUCCAACAGAACUGGAAGGACUCUAUGUUCGCCUGUGAGGAAGUGGGAGCCCAACUUGUUGUCAUCAAGAGUCAUGAGGAGCAGAGCUUCCUGCAGCGGACCUCUAAGAAGAUAGGCUAUGUCUGGAUGGGGCUGUCGGACAUAAAACAGGAAGGCAAAUGGGUGUGGUUGGAUAAUUCACCGCUGAAAUGGAGCCAAUAUUGGGCUCGAGGGGAGCCCAACAACGUUUACGAUGAAGACUGUGCAGAGUUUUCAGAUAAUGGAUGGAAUGAUAACAUUUGUUCCUUGGAGAAAUUCUGGAUCUGCAAGAAGCCUGCAUCUCCCUGCUCUAGGUGAAAUCUGCCCACCACAUGACCAUUGUUUGUCCAACCUAUUUAUCACUUAGUCAAACUUGAAGUACAUUCAUUUCAGUUCCUUCUGCCUUUCUGUGGAUAUUGGGCUCUUAACAAUAGAUCUGGACUCUACUUUUCUACCUUGUCCCCUGUGCCUACAGUUUCUUUGGUUGAGAUUAUGGUUCUGACCCGUAUUUUCAGCUUUCUUCCUGAAUAAAAUUCUGGGUUGAUCACCAUUGUGUUGGUUUACCUUUCCCUGCCUGUUGCUGUGUCUCUACAACCAUGAUGAACUCUAUCCCUUUGGAACAAUAAGCCAAAAUAAACCAUUCUAUCCCUA